AUGGCGGAUCGCACUUUUACUGCUCGACCGCUGCCAAAACAGCAGGCACGGAAGGAUUUAAAAGAUGCUUUUCGAGUUUACCUUUCCUCCUCCUCCUUAGCUGCUUUAAGGCUCCAAACAGAGGGUAUUUGCACCCUGAAACAAGGUGCUGGAGCACCAAAGACUGCCAUAGCAUGGUAUGCAACAGAAAACCUUCAAAGCACUGUCAUGCAAAUAUCCAGGACUUUGCAAGAUUGCUAUGAUAUCAAGAUUGGGGAAAAGGUUUCAAUCACUAGGGCUGACGGCCCUUUAACAGACAUCAAAUUGGUGACAUUGAAGGACUGUUCAGACCCCGAGAAGAUCGAAAGAUACGGCUCAAUUUCAGACAAUGACCAAUCACAUUGGGAAUGGGCCUUGGAUGAAAAAUUACUCAGAUGUGGAUGUUUGACGACCGGCUUGACCAUUGAUUUAGAGCUCCGGGGCCAACACAGGAGUUUUCAAGUGAUCAACAUACGCUCCCAGGAUCCCAGCUCGGGUCAUACCCUGUUCCAAUUCACAGAGGCUUCACGCAGCUCCCUUGGUCCAGUCAUAGAGGAAAAAGAAGAAAUAGCCUCAAGUAUUGAAGUGAAACCUACUGGUCUAGGAGGUCUUUCCCGCCAGAUUGAGGACAUCAAUGAGAGUUUAUCCGAUUUCAAUAUUGAUCCCCGAAAGCCGGUGAUGCCAUCAUUCUACGAGAACGGCCGAGGGAUCUUACUCUAUGGACCAAAGGGGACCGGUAAGACCAGUCUUCUGGAUCAGAUCGAGAAAGCUGGCUGGAAACAAACAUUCAAGAUCGGCACAUCAUCCCUAGGAAGGAGUAUCGCGGAAGGCGAACUCAAGCUGCGCAAUAUUUUCCAGGAGGCAGCUCGCUCUAAGCCCAGCGUGAUCAUCAUCGACCAGCUCGAAUUUAUUGCCCCAAAGCGAACCUCAAUCGAGUCGCAAUCUCUUGCUUCUGUCCUCUGUGAGAAUCUAGACGCCAUUCGAAAUGCAUCGAUUCUCGUGGUGGCCGCAACGCGGCACCCAAAUCAAGUGGAUGACGCUCUCAGAACACCCCAUCGACUCGGAACAGAGAUCGAGCUACAAGUUCCCACUGCCCAGGACCGGGCUGAGAUACUGCGAGCUAUCCGUGGGCCAGUAUCUGCCGGGUUGACUGAUGAACUUGUAGAAUUGUUAGCUGAAAAGACCCAUGGAUACGUUGGAGCCGACCUUUUUGCCUUGUUACAGCUUGUCUGCCGCAAAGCCCGACAGCGGCAACUGUUAGAGCAACCCCGUACAGUCCCACCGGCCAAUCCCACGAAUGAACCCUAUAGCUCGCACCAUGGAGGCUCAAGCGACGAGAACCCGACCAUCCCCUUGGAAAUUCAAGAAACAGACAUUUCACUCUCCCUACAAGAAAUCCGCCCCACAGCCAUGCGUGAAGUGUUCUUAGAAACACCCAAGGUGAGAUGGUCAGACAUCGGUGGACAGCAUGAGAUCAAAAAACGCCUCCAACAGGCUGUUGAACGACCCUUGAAGUAUCCCCAACGAAUGCGCAGACUCAACGUGAAUAGUAAAAAGGGUGUCUUACUUUACGGACCACCAGGUUGUUCCAAGACUUUGACCGUCAAGGCCCUUGCCACUGAAGCUGGGUUAAAUUUCUUGGCCGUCAAGGGAGCUGAGAUCCUCAGUAUGUACGUUGGAGAGUCCGAGCGAUCCCUGAGAGAAAUUUUCAGGAAAGCACGAGCCGCACGACCCAGUAUUAUAUUCUUUGAUGAGAUCGAUGCUAUUGCUGCUCGGCGUGGUAGCAGUUCUGGAGGCGUCAAUGUUCUUACGACUUUGCUGAAUGAAAUGGACGGUAUCGAGGAGCUCCGAAAUGUGUUGGUUGUCGCUGCAACCAACAAACCUGAUGUCUUAGACCCAGCCUUGAUGCGUCCUGGACGACUGGACAACAUUCUCUACAUUGGCCCACCGGACUUUGAAGCGCGCAAAGAAAUCAUUCGCAUCUGGGCCAAAAAGUCCGUGGUAAACCCCGAUGUUGAUUUGGAAGAUCUUGCAUCUCAAACUGAAGGUUAUUCUGGUGCGGAGAUUGUGAGUAUUUGCGAAACUGCUGGAGAUGCAGCAUUGGAUGAAGAGGAAGAGACCAAUCAGGAGCUAGAUGUGCAAUGGAAGCACUUUGAAUACGCUCUGGGACAAGUGCGGCGGCAGAUCACAGAUACGACGUUUGCGCGCAUUGCGCUAAAUCUUACAUGUCCCCCAGAUCACCUCGACACUCAUUCUCAAUGGACCAAGACAGAGGACGAUCACGCUCCGUGCGUCAUUCAAGGCCCCUCAGCGAACCACGAAGUAUCACCCGAAGCCCAUCCCAAGGUCGACGCGAUCGUCAUCGUUCAAGAACCCGUUCCAGAUCCCCUUCUCGUGGCAGAACACGAUCUCGCACUCGCAGCCGAAGUGUCCGUCGCUAUCAUAGUCGGAGUGAAAGUCGCUCGCCAACUCCAAACCCCAGUCCCCCGAGAAGCUCUAAGGUUGUCCAUCGAUCCAAAGCUAACUUUCGUUCUCAAUGUGAAGAUUGUGGUCGAAAAAUUGACCAAGAAUGUCACGGAAAACCACGUUCGAGAGAUUUUCGGGGGCUUCGGAGAGAUAGAGUAUCUCGACGUUCCGAUGAACAAAUCUUUCAUGACGAACCGAGGAACCGCGUAUAUUCUUUACUACGAUCCGGCCGAUGCAGAAGCAGCCAUUGCUCACAUGCACGAAGCCCAGCUUGAUGGGGCCAUUUUGAAUGUCUCAAUUGUUCUCCCUCGACGCAAAUUCUCACGCUCACCUCCCCCUGCAUCAAAGCGAGGAAAUGGUGGCCGCUCCCGAUAUGGUCGAGGGCCAUACGCAGGCCCACCAUCCCCACACAGACACGGUGGUGCACGGCCUACGGAACGGCAUGACGUGUAUAGGCCACAAUCUAUAUCUAGAUCACGGUCUCCUGUUCGCUCGCGAUCAUAUUCCUCUCGUUCACGAUCACCACUUCCACGCAGAGAUAGUCUGAAGACAGAAACCCGACCCCGCAGACGUCGAAGCCCAAGCUACAGCAGCUACAGCAGUCGAAGCCGCAGUCCCAACCGAAACAGGGUCCGCAAUCGACAUUGA